UUCGCUGUUGGAGAGCACAGGCUGAGGCGGUGCUUGUCAGGAGGGGUCCGCUGCUCGCUCAGUCCCUGCUCCGCAGUUCACUGCUUCCACUCCGCCGACCUGCACCGUGCAUGCAAAGUUAACAGCCGCUCCGCUCCUGCUCCUGCUGCUGAUCAUCGCAUCUGAACUACAUUUUUUUAAAUUUAGGAUAUUUGGAGCUGCAGCAUCGACGAUUUGAAACAGCGGAGUGGCGACUCAAAGGCAGGCAGUUAGUGCAGAAGCAGGCACCAUGUCCACCCCCACAAACCCAGAGGUGAAGGAACUGAGCCCUGUCGACUUUAUCCAGCUACAGCAGUACAUUGAAUACAGCUUGAAGGUGAAAGACGUGCUGAGGGAAUUUGAUGCAGAUGGCAGUCUGGCCCGACACAGACAUGGAGAGUGCAUCAAUGAAGAAGGCUUUCGCCUGUUCCUGAAGACAUACUUAGAAGGGGAGGACUUCCCCGCGGAUCUCUGCCAGCGACUCUUCCGCUCCUUCCAAAACUCUGAACCCACCCAGGAAGACAGUGCCAAGGAGGUCUUUCUGAAGGAUGUUUCAUGUUACUUCUCCCUGCUGGAAGAUGGCCAGCCCAGGGACAAGCUGGAGUUCGCUUUCAAGCUGUAUGACAGAGACGGCAACGGAGUCCUCGACAGCUCUGAAGUGGAUAGGAUCAUCGCUCAGAUGAUGCAUGCUGCAGAGUACCUCGGAUGGGAUGUGUCAGAGCUGAGGCCGGUGCUCAAGGACAUGAUGACCGCGAUCGACGCCGACAGCAACGGCACCGUGUCUCUGGACGAGUGGGUGGAGGGAGGCAUGAACAACGUUCCCCUGCUGGUGUUGCUGGGUCUGAAGAUGACCCAGAAGGACGGUCAGCACCUCUGGAGGAUGAAACACUUCAACAAGCCUGUUUACUGCAACGUGUGCCAGAGCAUGCUGCUCGGCCUGAGGAAGCAAGGGCUGUGCUGCACCUGCUGCAAAUACACAGUCCACGGACGCUGCGCUAACAGGAACCCGGCCCCCUGCACCAGGACGUACGUGAAGUCGAAGAAAGAAACAGGAGUUCCAGUGCACGAUUGGGUGAGUGGCAACUGCGACUCGAGGAAGUGCGACAAAUGCCAGAAGAAGAUCAAGAGCCUCCAAGGAUUGACGGGCAAACACUGCGUGUGGUGCCACUCGAUGCGUCAUGAUGAAUGUGCAGACCAAGAGCCAACAGAGUGUACCUGUGGGCUGCUCAGAGACCAUAUCCUGCCUCCAUGGGCGAUUUAUCCUGUUAUAAAGGAGAGACCAAACAAUGUAAAGAACGGCUGCUCGGGCUCAACGGACGACAGCGAGCUCAAUACUACUCCGGAUGGACAAGUGCUUCAGAUCAGCCCUGUGCCAAACACUCAUCCUCUGCUCGUGUUUGUCAACCCUAAGAGUGGUGGCAAGCAGGGGGAAAGAGUCCUGCAUAAAUUUCAGUAUUUACUGAAUCCACGGCAGGUAUACAACCUCUCCAACGGUGGACCUGGACCGGGAUUGAGUUUCUUCAGAAAUCUGCAGGAUUACAGGAUCCUGGUGUGCGGGGGAGAUGGAACGGUGGGCUGGAUCCUUGACGCAAUAGACAAAACUAAUCUGCUGGUGCGGCCACCUGUGGCUGUACUUCCUCUGGGCACAGGAAAUGACCUUGCACGAUGUCUGCGGUGGGGAGGAGGGUAUGACGGCGAGGAUCUGAGUCGUAUUCUUAGAGACAUCGAGGGGAGCUCUCAGGUGUUGAUGGACCGCUGGAGUAUUCAGGUCAUCACAGAUGAGAACGAGGAGAAGGGCGACCCGGUCCCGUACGAAAUCAUCAACAACUACUUCUCUAUCGGCGUGGAUGCCUCCAUUGCCCACCGGUUUCACACAAUGAGGGAGAAGCAUCCCCAGAAAUUCAACAGCAGAAUGAAGAACAAGCUGUGGUAUUUCGAAUUUGCCACUUCAGAAACCAUCUCUGCUUCCUGCAAGAAAAUGAGCGAAAGUCUAACAAUCGAGUGCUCCGGUACUCCGCUGGAUCUCAGCAGCCUCUCUCUGGAGGGCAUCGCUGUCCUAAACAUUCCCAGUAUGCACGGUGGAUCCAACCUGUGGGGUGACACCAAGAAAGGGGACAGCAAGGGACAGACGAGUCACGAAGAGCCCGAGGUGAUCGUUGACCCGGAAAUCCUGAAAGUGACCUCCCAAGAUCUCAGCGACCGUCGAUUAGAGGUGGUCGGCCUCGAAGGGGCCAUUGAGAUGGGACAGAUCUACACCGGCCUCAAGAGCGCCGUGAGGCUCGCCAAGACGUCACAGAUCACCAUCAGGACGAAGAAAGCAUUACCAAUGCAGAUAGACGGAGAGCCGUGGAUGCAGCCUCCCUGCACGAUUCACAUCACACACAAGAACCAAGCCAGCAUGUUGAUGGCUCCACAGGCCAAAUCCUCUGGUUUCUUCAAGUAAAUCUGCUGCUCCUGUUUACUGUACAUAGAGGACUGACACUCCCCUGCAUGUGUAACACAUAACCGAACUGUAUGAAUACAAACUGUAUGGUGUGAUAUGUUUGCAUCGUGGCAAAAAACAAAACGACUUAGACCAAACUUAACCCGUGUUCUUCUUAUCAGUACUCGACACUCUCACUGCCUCCGUCAACGCUUCACCGUUAGUGGAAAAUGUUGCUCUGUAGGAACUUAAAGUAAGGGUAAAGAAUAUUCAGCUUCAUGUGCCUUUAAAAUGUAUUCUCUAUGGUUACGGCUUAGGUAGAGGACAUACAGAGCGUCGUGUAGGCAUGCACUUUGGACAUAAACCAUGUAGUAUUGCUGUUUUUUUGUUUGUUGUGACUGUAAAAAACGCUGCGGACGCUGAAAGAUAUAUAUAUAAUGUUUUGUGUCGAUUCUUUUGGAACCAAGAGAGAAGGAUAAACGAGAUUACAUUUCAGAUUGUGGCUCUUAUUAUCAUUAUUAUUAAUAAUAAUAUAGUUUUUAAUACGUUUCAGGAGAUACUUGAAAGUGUUUUUUGGGGGAACAGUAACGGGACAAUCGUUGCCAAAAUAAAAAAAAGGGCUGCAUGUUGAUCCACUGCAGCAGCAGUCGGCCUACUCCGCUGUUCCUCAGUGUGUGUUUGUGUAUGAGAGAGUGUGUGUGUGUGUGUGUGAGAGAGAGAGAGAGAGGGCAUAGAAAGAUGAGUUAUAACUUGUAAAUUCAGUCGGAUUUGAAAUUACUGGUUUAAAUUAAUAUGUAGAUCUUUAUUUAAAUGCUUAUCAGUCGUAUGAUUUUGAUGUAUCUGGAUGAUGUUGAUGUAAUAUGCCUGAAAUAAACACACUGUGUAAAGAUUGUAAUAAAUCCUCUGGAUCCUUAA